AUGCGCAAUCUCAGCCUGCUAGCCCUCGUCGCGGCGGCCCGCGCGCAGGACACCGACCACAACUGCGUCGAAGCUCUGCACUUAGGCGUGCGGCGCUACCAUUUAUGGAGACCACGGGCCCACGGCGUUUGUGGCCACGCGCCGGUAGUGGUAGUCCUCAUUCACGGCUUCGGCGGCACGCCAUUAAGGGCCUGGGCGCGCACGGCGAAACUAGUCCAGUCCCGGGGCUGGGCCGCGGCCGCACCUUAUGGUCAUCACAAGUCGUGGAACGGCGGGGCCUGCUGCGGCGACGCCGCAAAGCAGAAUUUGGACGACGUGGGCUUCCUCCAGAAGCUCGUCGAAGACGUACGAGAUAGAACAGGAGCGGACCGCGUGUUUGGGGCUGGCUUCUCGAACGGUGGGUAUAUGGUCUCGAAAGCCGCCCAUCUAUUUGACGGCAUUUCGCCGUGGGGCGGCCACCAAACGCACCUGAACACGACGCGACCGACGCCGAUAACCAUGCACCACGGGUUGAAGGACGGCGUGGUCAAGGUUACUGGUUGUUGUAGCGGUGCCAAGUGCUGCUGUAACAUAGAUGAGAGGUCAGAUGAAUGUGUUCAUUUUUUCGGCGUCUACGAGCGGUGGCUCCGCGUGAAUAGAUGCGCUUCAUACAAUGUGGUGGAGAGCACGCACGCGACGUGCCGCGUCGGUGUGAGUUGUAGAGCAAAUACGACGGCGUGUUUACAUAAAACGAUGGCCCAUACGUUUAAUGAUCUGGCGCGGCCUUCCAGUAAUGAUAUGAGGGGCCCGUCGGUGGUCGACGUGCUGGACUUCUUUUCAAACACGCCGGCGCGGCACCACCAUCGUCAUAGGCAUCUGCAUCGGCGACGGGGGAUCCAUGUGGGCCCCCCGCCUUUGCUGGAGCGGCCUACCAUGCGCGUGGCCCCGCCGGUGCGGCGGAGCGGCUUUUUUGUCGGGGCGCCGCCGGCCUCUUAACGUAUUGUGUGUGUGCUUUCUCCUCGGUGGCGUAUAUCUUGCGCCUCGUUGGCGCCAGAACUGGGUCUGGGGGUAGAUUGGGGCCAAGAGACGACCCGUGCCGUCGGCUGCCCGUCGCCGAGGGCGUUUCGGCGGCUUUCCCGGGCCCGGACCCGGCCGGCAGGUACCGUCGGGGCGAAUAGAUAUAUGAACCGGCAUCAUACUCGCGGCUGCUCCAAAAUGGGCAGCAUACCUGCGACACCGUCGGAGUCGGCGCGUCACACGAGCGCGAGCCUGGGCGUUGCCGCACUAAAAGGGCUGCCCACGCUCUUCCGUGUUGGUCCAGGGGUACUCCGGCCGGUGUCCGACUCUGGGGGGACUUACGAUUUAGCCGCAAAACCCGCACUAACGGCUGCUGCGAUUUUAAGCGGGAAGUCGAUAAACGCGCCGCUAGACCACUUCCGCAUGGCUAUAUAACGCUAGCAAGCCUUAGGCAUGGAUACUGAACCGAUGCGACCGAGCGCGGGCUGCCGCGCUACGCCAGCGCGCGGCGCACAGGCCUGCAGCAGCGCUGCAGUCGAUACAGCAAAUACCUGCGCGCGCGGGGGCCGCGCGUGCGCUGGCUCGCCGCCGCAAUGCAUGUCCCCAGCGCGACAGCCCCCGCGGCGGCCGCACGCCGCCGCGCCGCCGCACCACCGCCGGCCGGCCGGCACCCGCUCCGGCGCCGCGCGCCUGCUGCGGCUCUGCGUCCUGCUGCCCCGGCUCUCGACGGCCGCCGUGCCCGGCUUCCCCGGCGCCAGGGGCGGCCGCAGUCCCGCGCCGGCCGCCCCGCCGGGGCGGCCCGCGGCGCCGCCGCCGGCCGCGGCGCCUCGGACGGCCGCGGCGGCCGCGUUCUCCUCGAAGGCGUCGCCGUUCCUGCGGAGCGACGCGCGCGCGGCGCCCUGCGAGGCGCCGCCGCCCCCGGCGGUGCCGUUCCUGCGCGCGCCCGCCGCGGCGCCGCCGCCGUGGACCGCACCGCCCGCCGCGGCGCCGCCGCCGCCGCCGCGACCCGGCACCGUGACGACGCAGCCCGUCUUCGGCCCCGCGCGCGGCCUCUUCCGCGGCCCGCCCCUCGCUCCAACCUCAAAUGGCGAGCGCUACGGCGCGGCGCGCCGUACCUUUGACGGUGAUGAUGAUGACGCGCUCCGCGCCACCGUCGCGGCCUUGAGGGUCGAGAUCGACGCGCUGCGGUCAGCGCAGCGCGACCUCCGCGCGGCGAACGAGCGGCUGCGCCUCGAGCUCGUCGCACAGAAGCGCAACGCGACGGAGCUCGCCGAGGAGGUCGCGAAGCGCGAGCGGCUACGUAGAGGCGCCAAGGCCGAGGUGCGCCAGCUGCGGGACCUGUCGACGGCGCCGGCCGCCGCGCCGGUGGCGCCGCCUUCGGUGCCGCCGGCCGCGGUGCCGGUCUACCCGCGCCAGCCGCCGCCGGCCGCCUACGCGCCGCCGGCCGCGCCCGCGUACCCGGCGCGGCCGCCGCCCGCGGCCCCGGCGCCCUACGCGCCGCCGACCGCGGCCCCGCGGCCCUACCGGGCGCCGGGCUUCGGCCCGACGCCCUACCAAAAGCCACGCAUCACCACCCCGGAGAAUUCGGUAGCGGGCGCGUUCGAAGCAAGGAACCGCGCCGCCGCCGAGCUGCGGCGGCGGACCUUCGCGCCGAAGCCCCGGAACAAUCUACAAACCGGUUUGAGAUCCCCCGAGCGCCGCGCGCCUACAACGACGCUCACGCCGCGCACGACGACGCCGCGGAAGCUCGUGCCCGAGUACCAACAACCGCCGAAGCCGCGCAACCUGUCGCGGCGGCCGCCGGCCGAGUCCUUCCGGAAGCGCGUCGCCAAGGGCUCGACGCUGUACCAGCAGCUCCAAAUGGAGCACGCGCGGCGGUCCGGCGCGGUCAAGCCCUUGGCGCCGCUUCCCUCCCAGGAUACGAACCGCGACGGCAUGGUUUUACCGUUCGAGUCUGAUGUUUGGGGCUUCACGCCCCCUUCCGACCCGAACAAGCACGUCGAGGAGUCGUCCAAGAGCGGCCGCACGCGCGGAAGUACUAUAUUGGCGAACAUGGCCGGCGGGUCCGACGUUUAUAGGGACGCGCGGCUGGCGUACGUGCGGUCGCAGCAGCGGGGGGUUGUCGAGGAGGCGGACGACGACGACGAGGCCGCGGCCGUCGUGGAGCUCUGAGGACUGGGGCGUUUUAUUUAUAAGUUUAGCAUAUAUCG